AUGGCGGCAACAAACUCAACGGAAGAUGGAACGCAGAUGAAAACAUUUGAAGAACUUGUAUGUUCCUCUUCUUCGGAGGGCGAAUUGCGACAAUACUCCUUGCGUCUGUCAGCAGUCAUCAUUUUCUUUUCCCUUACAGCAUUUCUUGGGAAUGCCCUGAUCGUCGUUGCACUUCACAAGGUGGCUUCCCUCCAUCCGCCGUCCAAACUCCUGUACCGUUGUCUGGCAACGAGUGAUCUGUUGGUUGGUCUUAUAGGCCAGCCUCUCACUGCUACUCUUUGGAUGUCGGUUGUUUUCGAACAGUGGAGACUUUGUCGAUUCGCAUGGGUAGCAGCCUCCAUUUCAGGGUAUGGAUUAUCUUUUGUAUCUUUGUUGACACUGGCAGCCAUGAGCGUGGACAGACUUCUCGCCCUGUUGUUGGGGCUGAGAUAUAGACAAAUUGUAACUUUGAAGCGCACAUAUAUCAUUGUCGUUGCUCUUUGGAUUGUAACCGUUGUCGCUACUCUAUGCGAGGCGUUAGGCUCUCAUAUAGCUCCCUGGUUCGGUCGAAUUGUCAUCCCAUGUUGCCUAUUAGUCUCGAUUGCUUCAUAUGCAAAGAUUUUCCGCGUUCUUAGUCAUCGUCAAGCUCAAGUACAACAUCAUGUUCAACAACAGCCGAGCCAACCAAAUGCACUGAACAUGGCGCGAUACAAAAAGGCAGUGUACAGUGCACUGUGGGUGCAGUUAGUGUUACUUGCUUGUUAUGUGCCUGUGAGUUUAGUGGGAAUUGUGAUGGCUCAUAGAAAAGGAAAUUCAUCGCAUUUAGUCGUCGCUCUUGGAAUAGCGAAUACUCUGGUUUAUUUUAACUCGACUUUAAAUCCGUUUCUUUACUGCUGGAAGAUUAGUGAAGUAAGAAGAGCAGUUAAGCAGACAAUCAGACAAGCGCUUUGCUGUCCACGGGGUUAG